AUGACCACCUUCUCCUCCAUGUCCCUGUACGCGUUGACGGUCAAGCAGCCGUCGGCCACGCAGGACGCCCUUUCCGGCGACUUUGUCGGAAACGGCAAGCAGCAGAUCCUCACCGCCAAUGGCUCGCGCCUGGCCAUCCUCGAGGUCUCGCGGCGGCAGAAGGGCUUCCAGGAGAUGUUCUCCCAGGACGUCUUUGGCAUCGUCCGCCGCAUCGCCAAGUUCCGGGUUGCGGGCGGCACAAAAGACCACAUUGUCGUAACCACCGACUCCGGCCGCCUGGUCACGUACGAGUACGUGCCGGACGAGCACACGUUCAAGACGGUGCACUUUGAGACGUACGGCAAGUCUGGAAUACGACGUGUCGUGCCCGGCGAGUACCUGGCCGCCGACCCGAAAGGGCGCGCCAUCAUGGUGGCUUCGACCGAGAAGAACAAGCUGGUCUACAUUCUCACCCGCAGCGGUCAGACGGACAUUGCCAUCUCCUCGCCUCUCGAAGCGCACAAGCCGCAAACACUGGUCUUCUGUCUCAUCGGCCUGGAUGUCGGCUAUGACAACCCCAUGUUCGCUACCCUGGAGAUUGACUAUUCGGCGUCCGAGCCGGAUCCCACGGGCGAGGCGUACGAUGAGAUUAAAAAGGAGCUGGUCUACUACGAGCUCGACCUUGGUCUGAACCACAUUGUGCGCAAGUGGGCAGAGCCUGUGGACCGCACUGCAAACACCCUGUUCCGCGUCCCUGGAGGGCCCAACGCACCGAGUGGAGUCCUCGUCUGCGGAGAAGACAGCAUCACCUACCGACGCAUCUUCAACAACAAGUCGAGCGUCCACCGCCUGGCUAUUCCCCGCAGGGAGGGAGCCACAGAAGACCCGAACCGGAAGCGAACCAUUGUCGCAGGUACACUGUACUCGCUCAAGGGCGGCGACUUCUUCUACCUCCUCCAGACCGACGACGGCGAUCUCUUCAAGCUUACCGUAGAAGCUACCGACACCACAGUGGACAAGAUCAAGAUCAAAUACUUCGAUACAAUCCCCAUCGUAACAAGUAUCUGCAUCUUGAGGGCGGGCUUCGUCUAUGCCGCCUGCGAGUCCGGCGACAGGAUUCUUUACGAGCUCGAGUCUCUCGGGGACGAGACGGACGAUCCUCUCUUUGACAGCAGUCAGUUCCCGUUGGACCUGAAUGCAGCCUUCGCGCCUCCCUUCUUCAAGCCACGAGCUCUGGCGAACUUGACCCCCGUCGAGACCAUUCCCAGCUUGAACCCAAUCAUGGGUAUGGAGGUCGCAAACCCGGCGCUUGAAGACGCACCUCAGAUCUACACCAUCAACGGUGCUGGUGGGCGAAGCACAUUUCGCACAACGAGGAACGCUUUGGAGGUACUCGACCUCAUCGAGUCUCCCCUACCGCAGAACGCGUCCGAUGUUUGGACGACGAAGCUCACAUCAGACGACGAGAAUGACACUCUCAUCGUGCUGUGUCUGCACAGCAGAACGCUGGUUCUGAAGAUCGGUGACGAUGUCGAGGAGGCAGCGAAUACAGGCUUCUUGCCCGACACAAACACGCUUGGUGUGCAGCAAUUCGGAGAGGACUGCAUCAUCCAGAUCCAUCCCAAGGGCAUUCGACAUAUCCAGGGCAUCUCGUUCCCCAAUGACGAUGCCAACGCCACGCAUGCCAGCUUGACUGACUGGCAACCACCGGCACACCGGACCAUCGUCGCCUGCGCUACCAACAACCGCCAAGUUGCCAUCGCGCUCAGCUCAGGUCAGAUCCUCUACUUCGAGUGUGAAUCCGACGGUUCGCUUGCGAUGGCUGAGGAAGAGAUUGCCUUGGACAGCACCAUCAACUGUCUGACGAUGCCUGACGUGCCUGAAGGCAGCGUCCGAGCCUUCUUCAUGGCUGUCGGCUGCAGUGACCAGACCGUGAGGAUCUUCAACCUGAGUCCAGACAUGGAAGGAAACAUUCUGCGAAGCAUCUCUGUCCAGGCUCUCACAUCACCGCCAAGCGACUUGACCAUCAACAUGAUGGCGGACAAGUCCCCGCGAGGAUACAGCCAGUACCUCCACAUCGGUCUGCGAAGUGGUGUGUACAUCCGAUCUGUGCUAGAUGAGAUGACUGGCGACAUUGGAGACACGCGAAGACGUUUCCUCGGCCCGGAACCUAUCAAAUUCGCCAAGGUGACCGUCGCUGACGAGCCUGCCAUCAUCGCAAUGACCUCCAGGCCAUGGCUCGGCUACACUCACCCACGGACUGGCGUUCUGCAGUUGACGCCGUUGAACUACAUUCCUUUCAAGUCUGCUUGGAACUUUGAGGGUACACAGUUCAAGGGCAUCAUCUGCGUGAGCGCCGCUGAACUACGAAUCUUCACGUUUAACGAUUUGACCGACAACACGACCUACGAGACGAUACCGUUGAAGUACACGCCAAGGAAGAUGGUCGGCCACCACGACCAGGGUGUCUUCUACGUGAUUCAAAGCGAGAACAACACUCUCAACGACGCCACACGGCAAAAUCUCAUCCAGGAAGCAAAGGUCAAGAACGAAGACGGGACCAGGCAUGAGAACGGUACCGAUGGCAACAUGGAAGUCGACGGCGAUGUGGCCAGUGAUGAGCUUCCCGCAGUCGAAUUCGGCUACCCACGUGUGCGAGGGCGCUGGGCUUCCUGCAUUCAAAUCGUCGAUCCCGUGACUGAAAAGGCCGUCAUCCACACAGUAGACCUCCCCUCCAACCAGUCGUUGGUCAGCGCUGCUUUGGUCUACUUCGACAGCCGUGGUGAAGAUGCCUUCCUUGCUGUCGGUACCGCCAAGGACCUCACCUUUACACCUUACAGGUUUUCUGGUGCGUCGAUACAGAUCUACAAGAUUUCUCCGACAGGCCGCGAGCUGGAGCUGUUCCACGAGACAGACGUGAACGAGCCUCCGCUGGCCUUGCUCGCCUUCAAGGGCAAGCUCAUUGCCGGUGUUGGGCGAAACAUCUGCCUGUACGACUGCGGUAUGCGCUCGCUUCUUCGAAAGGCGCAGGCCUCGAACUGCGUGAGCACUCGCGUUACGGACAUCAAGACCCAGGGUAGUCGCCUUGUUGUGUCGGAUCAGGUCGAGUCUGUCACAUACGUUGUCCACAAGGACCAAGUCCACCCCAACCGACUGAUCCCAUUUGUUGACGAUACCGUCUCGAGGCAUACUAGCGCUUCGGAGAUGCUCGACUACGACACCACUGUUGGCGGAGACAAGUUUGGCAACAUUUGGCUUGUGCGCUGCCCACAGAAGGUCUCUGAGGGUUCUGACGAGUCGCCUGACGGUUCCGACCUGCUCGUCGACAAGAGCUACCUUGGCGGCACAGCGAACCGGCUGGACCUCGUUACCCACUACUUCGCCAACGACAUCCCCAUUUCGAUACAGAAGACGAUCCUCCUGUCUGGUGGCGAGCGCAUCAUCUUCUGGGCUGGUCUGCAAGGCACGCUCGGCGCGCUCAUCCCCUUCACGUCGCGAAGGCAGCACAAGAUGUUCCAGCAGCUGGAGCUGCAGCUCCGGUCGGACGAUCAGCCGCUGUCUGGGCGCGACCACCUGGCGUUCCGCAGCUACUUUGCACCUGUCAAGAGCACGAUUGACGGCGACCUGAUUGAGCGGUUCCUGGUGCUGUCACGAGACAAGCGCGAGAGCAUCGCGGCGCAGUUGACGGGCGCGGAAUGGACGCCGGGCAUGAUUGACGAGGCGAUUUGGAACAUGCGGGGUCUGUACGCCUUUUAG